AUGUUUUGCGAGGCGCCACCGCCGCCGCCAUGGCAGCCGGGCUCUGGGCCUGGACCGGGUCCGGGUCCGGGUCCGGGGGUGGGGGUGGCACCGGCGCCGCCCCCGGGGGCAGCGCACGGCAGCCCCUUAACGCCGCCCUCGGGCACCCGCCUCCAACUGCUCGUCGACGCCAGCCCUUCCAGGCUCUCACUGCAGUCCGGCAGCUUCCAGUGCAGCCUGGGUUCCUCCACGGGUGACCUCAGCGUGGAGGCGGCGCAGCUGGAGCGAGCCAUUCGCAACAACGACACGGUGCGCGUCAAGCGGUUCCUCGAACUGCACCACGACAAGUUCCAGGUCAACCUGCACAGUAGUUUUUUAGAUAAAUCUUCCUGCGAAUCGCAAAGUCAAGACGUCGAAAUCCUGCUCAGAAAAUCGAAAACGUUAAUUGAUCGUACAUCGCCCUUGUAUAAACCCUCUAUUGACACAUCGUCGUCUCCGCUGCAGCCGGCGUCGUCGUGCGCGUCGUCGGCGUCGUCGGCGGGCGUGGCGGAGCCGUCGGUGCCGCUCAUCUUCAGCAACGCGCUGCACGUGUCGGUGGAGCACGGCGCGGUCGACGUGGCGCGCCUGCUGCUCAAGUACGGCCUCGAGCCCAACCAGGGGGGCCGGCUGCCGGGUAUUGUACAAUGCCCCUCGUCGCCGCUGACGCUGGCGCCGCCCCCGCUGACUGGCCAGCGGCGCGGCACGCCGUGGGCGGGCUCCCCGGCGUCGCUGUCUCCGCCGCACUACCAGCUGCCCGCCAUCACCACCAGCCCCGCUGACCCUCCCUCCGCUCUCGCCGUCACCUCGCCAACGGCCGCCGGUGCCCGACGCCGCCGCCUGGGGAGCACCGUGGGCCCCCCGCCACCGCCCGGCCCGACGCCACGGCAGCGCUCGCUGUCGCUAGAGAGCCAAGGCGCUGACUCUCUGCUGCGGCCGGGGGCGGCAGUGGCGAUGGGGGCGGCGGGGGCAGGCGCCGCAACGCCGGACACGGGCCGGCGCAGCGUGUCUCUCAAGUCCAGCCCGCUCAUGUCGCCGCGGCCCGCCACGCUGCUGCCGCUGCCCGCGCACCACCACCACCAUCACCACCACGACCAGCAGCAGCAACAACAGCAGGAGCAACAGCAGGAGCAGCAACAGCAGCAGCAGACUCCACAGCAGGCGCAGCCGGAGCGUAGCAUCUUCGCGGAGCUGCGUCGCAGUAGCGAGAUCUUCAAGAGCAUCCUGCUCAACCUGUCCACGAGGGAGGCGGCGGCGGCGGCAGCGGCGGUGUUCCGGCCAGCAGGUCUGCUGGCGGCGCACGAACAGCGCCGGUUGACCACGUACCAGCGUGAGGACUCCAGCUCGACGAGUUCUCCCACCUCGAGCUCGACUUCGGCGUCUUCCUCGCAGUCGACGUCCGCGUCGUCGUCGCCGUGCCCGUCGUCCUGCUCACUGAGCGCUGCCUCCUCGUCCGGCAACGGGCUCGCUUCCGAUGCAGGCGACGUCCCGUUGCUGGUCGUCAACCCAGCGCUGCCACCCGAAAAGGUCGUGGGUCUCGCGCAUCACUACACCAAACACUACCUGUACACGCUGCCGGCGCUCUUCCUGGCUGUCGUCAAGGGCAACGCGACGCUCGUCUACCUGCUGCUCAAGUACGGCGCCGCAGUCAACUUCCAGGAUGGACAAGGGAACACGCCUCUGCACCUGGCUGUAGCACAGCAGACAGUGCCGUGGGAGUGCGUGCUGGACCUGGUGGAGCGGGGCGCGCAGGUGGCGCUGAGCAACAAGGCAGGCGUGAGGCCCGUGGACCUGGCGCCCGGGGACGUGCUGGCCAGGCUGCAGGACCAGAUGCUGGCCGACUGCUGGGCCGGACUGGCGCCCAGCUCGCCAGCUGCGCAGCAGACCACCCAGCAGGCGCAGCAGGCGGCCGGCGCGCAGCAGCAGGCCGCGCAGCAAAACACCCAGCAGGCGCAGAGCAGCAGUCUCAGGUGCUUCUCCCGCACGCCGCAGGUGCCGGCGACGCCCGCGGGCGCCGAGUCGCCCGGCAGCGGCGCCGCCAACUCCGGCCCGUCGUCGCGCAACCCGGCGCGCAUCCUGCGCAAGCUGCGCACGGCGAGCGGCGGCGGCGGCGGCGGCGCGGCCAGGGCAGAGUCCACCGAGGAGGCCAGCUCCGCCUCCGUCGAGAUGCUGGCACUCUCCUCCACCGGCUCCGUGCGCAGCCGCAACAACAGCUGCCGCAGUCUCGAAGUCACCCAGCAACAGCAGCAGCAGCCGUGCCAACCCGCCGGCAGCAACAACAACAGCAAGGAGACCACGGAGGCUCUGACUAAGCAAGACUCGAGACGUCGCGCGAGGAGGAAAGCGUGGCGCGAAGCCAGACAGGCGCACGUCUCGCAAAACACGGAGAAGUCGCGGUGCUUAGAGGCAGAACGCAGCUUCCAGGUGCUACUGCACAUGGCGACCAACCCAGAGUGCCUGGGCGGCGUGCUGCGGGGAUUGUUGGUGCAUCACAACAACCUGCUGCGCCUACUGCAGCUGCUCAACCACAGCGCACUGCACCGCAGCAUGGCAGCGCUGCUGCACGCUGUCCUCAAGACCGCUGUGGAGACGUACGGGGAGCGCUCGGCGGCAGCGACGCCUCCUGCUGUGACGUCACCGGAGAGCGCGCAGCAGCAGGUGGCGGAGGCGACGCAGCAGCUGAGCGGCGCGCUGUGCCUGCUGCUGCGCGUCUGCCUCAGCCUCAUCCACGGCGUGCACGACCUGCAGUACACCGCCAUGGUCACCAUCAACAAGGCCAUCGACGUCUGCGUCGUGCACCGCCUGGCGCACGUCAAGGUGCGCUCCGCGCGCGUCCUCCAGCACCCCUGCAAGCCAGCUAGGAAGAACAGUCCAACCAAAGAAAUCAUGGAUCGGACAGAAAACUUUAACGGCGACCGCACGAGGCGCCGGCUCGGCGCGAAACGACUUGGUUCCGUGUGGCGGCACUCGUCCACCGCGGAGCCGACAGAGCGCGCGCGUAGCGAGGCCGACGCAGUCGACAAGGAGGAGAGCGUCAUAGACGUGCUGUCGAGCGUGCACGCGCUGUCGGUGCUGAACAUCCUGCACAACGCGCUGACGCUGUACAAGCGCGUGGUGGGCAGCAAGCAGCAGUGCUCUCCCAGCCAGAGGUGGCGGCACUGCAGCUACCACUGCCUGCAGAUCCUGGCGGCGCGCGCGCUUCUCUUCAUGGUGGUGGGGCCCUCGGUGCAGGCCCAGCUGGCGCAGGAGCCGCAGCUGCGCAUCCUCGCCGCAGCGCUGGACUCCACGCACGAUCCGCAACUGCUGGUGCUGGUGCUGCAAAUCGUGGCGACGCUGGCGCUGGAGCCGGCGCACCACCGCGCGCUGCUGGACCAGGGGCUGCCCGACGUGCUGAGCCAGCUGCUGCUGCCGUCGGACGAGUGGUACUACACCAACCACAGCACGCGCUACGCCAAGUACGUCAAGCACCACGCGGCGCGCGCGCUCGUCUACCUGGGCCUGCAGCACCGCGUCAACCUGCGAUUCAGCGUCUACGACAUCCUGCAAGACGACCUGCCGCCGCCGACGCCGCUCACGGAGUCGGUGGAGGACGCGUACAUCACGGCGACGUCUGCGCCCCCGGCCAUCGUGCACUGCCCGCGGACCAACAACGUGCAGGGCCUGUCCGUAGAGGGCGCCCUCAUGCACGUACUCCGCACUCUAGAGACAUCACUCAGCCAAGGCACGACGUCAUCAUCGGAUUGGGCGACCCCUCACUGGGCCCUCAGCGGUAGCAGCUACUCGCAGACUCCGCAGAAGGGUGCGUACCACAGCCGCCUGCAGCUCAGCACGCUACAAUCAUUUAACUUAACUGUAAAGUCAUACAUGCUUGUUCUUAAACAUCUCAUCAACUGUGAUAAAGCAUGCAUGCCGUGCGUGCUGUCGCCGGUGGUGCUGCUGCGGCUGCUGCUGCACCGGCUGCUGACCACGGCGGCGCCGCACCUGGCGCGCUGGCGCAGCUGCGCCUCCAGGUCGUCCUUCGCCUCCGCCGGACACGCCGAGGGCCCGCGCACGCCGCGUAGCAGGGCUUCCUCCACAGACACCGAGCCCAGCUCACUGCGCAAGAGGAGGAAGGUGAACCUGACGGUGGACUGCACGACGGCGCUGGAUGGCGGCGCCGAAGACGCGGCGGUGAGCACCAGCCGGUCCCGCGGGCUGCACCGGCCGUCGUUCACCCAGCAGGGGUCCGGCCUGCCCGUGCACCAGCCGCUGGAGCGCGCCUCGUCGCUGGUGCCCGCGCCCAGGGACAGCCUGGGCCUCGAGCCCGCCAUGCAGGCGACGCUGUUCGCGUUCUCGCACAUGCUGCGGCACGCGCCGAGCCGCGACUCGCUGCAGAGCAGCAGCGACGGCCGGGGUUCGGCGCCCGGCUCGCCGUCGCUGGUGGUGGUGCCGGUGCCGCAGCAGCUGCCGCUGGGCCUCAGCCUGGGCCUGGGCGCCCACAAGCCGCGCCGCGCCUCCUUCCGCUUCUCCAGCCUCCACAAGCGCCGCUCCAAGUCGCAGGCCAACAUCGCCGCCGUCGCCGCCGCCACCGCCGCCGCCGCACACGCCAAGGGGUCGCACCGACGCGGCGACACGCCGGAGCAGGAGAUCCUGGCGUUCCAGAAGCAGCUGCAGAACCUGCCCGACUUCGACUCCCCGGACCACCCGGACCCGGUGGCGGCGGCGGCCGAGUUCCUCGCGGGCCGGCCGCACCUCCGGCCGCGCUCGCGCUCCAUGCCGCGCGUCUCCUACGAGAACUCGUCGUCGCGCUACCUCACGCUGCCCGACGCGUGGGCGCCGUGGCCCGGCGGCGGGGGCGGUGGGGGCGGCCGCCUGCACAGGGGCCGGUCUGCGGGGGCGCUGCCCGCCGCGGGCGACCACAGCCCAGCCGCGGCCACCACGCCCGUCGAGGAGCGCGCCGCCGUGGGGCUGGCUCCGGUGGCCGUGUCGGGGGCCGGCUCGGGGGCGGCGCCUGGCGCAGCGGCGGCGCCGGGGUGCGGCGGGGGCGGCGACCGCGGCGGCUCCGGCAGCCGGCGCUCCAGCCUCAGCCCCUCGGACCGGUCCGGCCGCCGCCGCGACAGCCCCGCCUGCAUCCUGGUGGAGGUGCCUCCCUGGCACAGGGCCAUCCUCAACUUUCUUGAGGAGUGGCUGCGCGUGUCGCGGGUGGAGCUGGACCGCAACCCGCCGCUGUGCCGCGAGCUGCGCGACUUCCUGACCAAGGUGUCCGGCUGCGGGCCGCCCUACCAGCAGUGGUGCGCCGAGCUGCGCCAGGAGCACCCCGCCCUCGCCCGUGACCCCGACCUCGACAGUGCGGAUGACUUGGAGGAGACCGACCGAGAAUACUGCCAGCUGCUGCAGCUGGUGGUGGGCGGUGCGCUGCCAUGCAGCAAGGAGGAGGCGGCGGCGCUGGCCGGCAUCCAGCUGCGCAUCGAGGAGUCGUGGGGGCGGCCGCACCCGCUGCCCGCCUCGCCAGACGACUCCGCCACGCUCAAGCCCAUCUCGGAGGGGCAGGAGAGCCUGCUGCUGCACGUGCCCAGCUUCAGCGUGGCGCGGCCCGUCAGCCCCCUAACCGAGGAGGCGGAGGACGGCGGCGGGGGCGGC